ACCAAGAAAAAUAAAGUGACGUCGUCUUAAAACUUGACAAUGCAAAGAAUAAAUCACAAGUUUUUUUCACAUAAAAUAAUUAAUCUUCUAUAAAUUGUAUUUAAAUUAUUAAAAAAUAACAUACCAUUUAAUUAAAAUGGAUGCAAACCAAUCAGCGGCCGCGGGGAUGGACGCUAAGAAAAAUACUAUCGAAGCCAUGAGCAGGGAGGAGCUCAUUAACAAAUAUAAAGGACUCCUAGGAAUUGCAAAACAAGCCAAAAAAGCAAAAGAUGAAUUUGCUGAAGAAAAUCAAAAACUCAAAGAACAUAUCAAACAUUUUGAGACACAGCGAGAAGCAGAUAAGAAGUCUCUUCUCACAAUGAAAGAGAUGCUUGAGGAAUUCACAAAUAAUAAACUUGAAUUAACUUCAGAAAUCAGCGAACUGCGUGGACAAAAUAAAGCACUCGUCGAAGAGCAGAUGAGUAGCAGAAAUGAUAAGGACCAACUUACCAUUGAGAAUGAAGCAUUACGACGACAAGUUAAUAGACUUACAGAAGACAACGAAAGCUUGCUAACAGAUAUCAACCAAAUGGAUGAGCAAUUGAAUCAGGUUAAUAUUCUUGGCAAAGAACAGAAGCAGCAUUUAGACCUUCUUGAAUUAGAGGUAGAAAAACUUAAGGAAUACGAAGUCACUAGUAGGAGACUAGCUACCGAUUACCAGGACUUACAAGAAACCCAUGAAAUGCUUACUGAAUCAUAUAAUCUUGCACAGAAUGAUUCACAGGCUUUAGCCUUAAAAUGCCAGAAUCUUCAAGAAAUCAACUCAGAGCAACGCAAAAAAUUUCAAGGCUUAAAAGAUAAAUUUAUUGAUGUCCAUAAAAAACUCAAACAGCUCAAGGAAUGUAAACGUGUUUUAGUCGAAAGCCACCACGAAUAUGCUGAUUCAAUCUCUAGAUGGCAGUUAGAGAUUAUGCAUGCAUCAGAGAAGCUCUGCAGUCAUAUACAGUCCCUGACAAAAGAAAACAACGAUUUGAAGAAUGAAAUUGAGAACAAGGCUGAAAAUGUUGAUAUAGUCUUACCCCAGUUGCCGAUACUAAUUGAUUACUGCGAAAAAGCACUUGUUGAAUACCGCCAACAGAAAACGUUAAUUGAUGAACUUCAAGAGGAAAACAAUAAAUUAAAGAAAGAAAUCGGUAAAAAAAUAAGAGCUAGCGAUGAAGUUGAUCAUGAAGAAGUUAGUAGACAAGAUCUGGAGGCUAUUGAAGUACUCAAAAAAGAAAAUAAGAAUCUUAAAGAUAUAGCAGAAAAUAACAGACUAAUGUUAGAAAACGAAAUGAAAGUCCUUAUGUCUGAAAAGUUACAGCUGCAGGAACAAUUAGCCAAUAUUGACGGAAACACCAGGCAAACUGAUAUGGAAAUAAAUGCGUUGAGAUCAGAAGUAACAAAACUCACAAGCCAAUUGUCCAACAUUACGGAAUACAAAGAGAAAUUGGAACAGGAAUUAGCCACAACCGAGCGUUCAGCCGAUAAAGAAAUAAAAUAUUUGAAGGAAGAGAAUGCAAGUCUUGAAGAAAAGACAGCAAAUGUUAAUGAAAUCAUCAACAAUACAGAUUCAAAAAUACACAAGCUGGAAAGAGAACUCUCUGAAUCCACAACUGAUAAAUUCAAAACCGAAACCAACAUCACUUUAUCAUAUCUACCCAUCCUAAUUGAUUGCUGUGAAAAAGCACUGCAUGAACAGAGACAACAAACCGAACUCAUUGAAAGCUUGAAAAGUAAAAAUAUGGAAGAACACAACGAAGAAGUCGUGUCCAAAUUGAUCGAAGAGCUUGAACAACUUAAAAACGCAAAUGAUAAACUGAAACAAGAACUAUCAAAAGCCAAACAACACGAUUCUGACAUUGAAGAUGUGAUUAAACUUAAAAACGAUUUAAUUGCUAAUCAUCGAACUUGUGAAGAUCUCCAAACCAAAUUGGAAAAACAAGAACGAGAGAAUACCGAUUUAUUAAAUGAAAUGCGUGAAUUGAAUGAGGCUCUAAAAGGUCGAGGAGAUGUCAUAUCCAAACAACAAGCAAAGAAUCAAGAAAUGUUGAUUGAAAUGAAAAAAACAUCGAGUGCUCUCUCCAAAAUUGAAGCUGAUUUGCAAUCGAAAGAAACCAUAAUCAAAGAAAAAGAAACAAGAAUGCAAAAACUUAGCGAGGACAAUAAAUCUGCUCUACAAGAAGUCAAUCGCUUACAGAAUUCUUUGCGAGAAAAUGAAACCAAAAUAAAACAAUUAACAGAAGAAAUCACAAUUAUAAGAGCACAGCUGGAUAAUCAUGAUGCACAAAGUGAAGCCCUUUCUACUUCAACUAUAUCACGGACUGAGGAUAUAGCACGGUUACGUGAGGUUGAUGAAAGUUUCGAGGAGAAAUACAACAAGCUUCGAGCCUUAGCCAUUAAGAUGAAGAAAAAGUCCCAUGAGCAAUCAAUCAUCAUGGUUGAGUUGGAGAAACAAGUUGCUGAAUCGAAGACCAAAACAACAGACAUGACCGAAAAGAUAUCUUCAUUGGAAAGUGAACGAGAAUCGCUGCAAAAAGAAUUGACUAAUUGUGAAAAUCAAAUUGAUUCGUUAAAAACAGAAGUUAGUAAGCUAAAGGCUUCCAAAAAGCAAAGUAAUGUUUUAAAUCUCGAAAUUGAAGCAUUUGAAAAGUCCUUGAAUGAAACCAUUGCUAAGUUAACAGCCAAAGCAGCUGAGUAUGACCGCAUGCGAGAGACACUUCAAGGCAAAGAAUUAGCAAUUGAGGUUUUGAAAAAAGAAAACAAAAUUCUUGAAGAGAGCAAGGAAAGUGAGAUUGUUCAUGCAGGUGAACUCAAAAAACAGAUUGACAAACUGCAGGCUCAAGUAAAGGAUGUCGUUCACAAUAAACAAGAAACUGCAGCCAAGCUGGAAGAGUGUUUGUCCGAAAAACAAUUGCUACAAUCGGAAGUAGAAGAACUUAAAAAGAGUGCGUUGUCACUAUCCCAAAAGCUCAUAGACGAACGAGCUACAAUGACCAAAGAAAAUGAAAAUCUUCUUCAAAGAAUGAACUCAUUAGAAGUCGAACUAACCGAGUCAAAUAGUCGAAUUAUACUUGCCGAAAGGUCCUUCCAAGAUCUGCAAAGUGAAUUUACCAAUUACAAGGUUAAAGCACAAUCAGUGCUGCGACAAAAUCAAACGAAAGAAUCCUCAAAGGAGCGCGAGUUAGAAGAGGAACUAAAAGUAGUCAAAGAAGAUCACAAGAACAUAUCUGAGCGUCUUCAAACAUUCCUAGAUAAAUACCAAGUCAGUGAAAAAGCAAUCGAAGAACUUCAAGAAGAAAACAGAUGCCUUAGAAAUCGCAAAAAUGAGUUGCAGAGUACAAUUGCAGAAGUUCGUCAGCAGUGUGAGAGUAUUACACGAGAAAAUAAGAAACAGCUCGACAUAUACCAAGAAACGUUAAAAGGACAUCGCCUCCAGAUGGAGGCUUUGGAUUCCUGUCACCUCCAACAGCUGCAAGAAUUGCACGCUAAGUAUAAUAAAGAAAUUGCUGACCUUAAGUCAAGCCAGCAAAAAGACUCGGAAAGUUUAAUACGCAAACCGUUUGAGAAAAACGAUUAUACCCUCUUGGAACGUGAGGAUGCUGAAGGAUCGGAAGCUGAAACAACACAAAACCCAAAGUACCUGCAACCGAGAAAGCGGUCAAAUCAUGACUUGAUUCCAUUAGAAGAAUUGUUGAGUACACCAGCAGUUGAUAGUACGUACCAAGUUUUGGAAAGGAGAAAAUCAUUGUCACCAUCGAUAGAACUACAGGAAACUAAGGAACGUUUAAUGAAGCAAGAAAGCCGUGUAAGGCAUUUAACUUCAUUGCUAGCGGAGAGCGAGCAAGAUUUGGCCAGACUAACGCAGUUAAAUGAAAUGCUUAAGGAAGAAGUCCGAAGGCAAGAGAGGACAGUUGAGCGAGAGAAACAUAUGCAUAAUUCGGAGUAUCUGAAGAACGUCGUUUUGAAGUUCGUUUCUCUCAACAAUGGCGAUGAAAGAACUCGACUGGUACCUGUCCUAAAUACAAUAUUAAAACUAAGUCCGAGUGAAAUAGAAAUGCUUCAAAAUGUUGCCAAAGGAAAAGGUUUUGAUAACAACAACCGAAGUUGGGGAAGUUUCUUGCCCAGCUGGAAUACUAGUUAAUGCCAAUAAAAUUAAAUUUAAUUGAAAGUGAUUUUCUAAAAAGAUUUCGACAUUUAGUAUUUUUGUUUGUAUUGAGCAAUUUAAAUUUUGUUUUCGAUUUAACAAAAAUUAUUAUUGUUUAAUGUAUUUAUGUAACUGUACAUUAUAGAAAUUUAAAUUUUGUAAAUAUAGGUAAUAAUAUAAUGUAAAUUAUAAACAAAGAAAUUAUAAAUUUUAAA